AUGCUCGGUCGCGGUAUUGCGCGUGGUGGUGUAUUGAAGAAGCACGGGUCACUUGCCAAUAACCUACCGAGAAAAUAUUAA